GUAGAUGAGCGGAGGCAGUGCGGUGCUUGUGUCGGCGCUGCUGGGUUACUAGUGUCCGUCGUCUCUCACCCACGUUGGCUUGGGUCACUGCAGUCGCCAUGACCCAGCCACGGAGCGGGCUGGUGUCCGACAUCCAGACCCGAAUCUGUAGCGACGCCUUCAGCAACUGCUACACGCUGGUGGGCAAAGAGCUCGGCAGAGGCAAAUUUGCAGUCGUUAAGAAGUGCACUGAAAAGGCAACGGGAAAGGAGUAUGCUGCCAAAUUUAUGAGAAAAAGAAGGAAGGGUCAAGACUGCCGAAUGGAAAUUAUUCAUGAGAUUGCAGUAUUAGAAUUGGCUAAAUCCAAUCCUUGGGUCAUCAACCUGUAUGAGGUAUAUGAGACGGCAUCAGAAAUGAUCUUGGUUUUGGAAUAUGCUGCUGGUGGUGAAAUUUUCAACCAAUGUGUCGCUGAGCGGGAAGAGGCCUUCAAAGAAAAAGAUGUCAAACGACUCAUGAGGCAGAUUUUGGAGGGUGUUGCUUUUUUGCACAGAAAUAACAUCGUCCACCUUGAUUUAAAAGUAACCACAAAUAUUCUUCUGACAAGUGAGUCACCUCUGGGAGAUAUUAAGAUAGUUGAUUUUGGCCUUUCUAGAAGGAUCAAUAAUAACGAAGAGCUAAGGGAAAUCAUGGGAACACCCGAAUACGUAGCUCCUGAAAUUUUAAAUUAUGAGCCAAUUAGCACUGCAACAGAUAUGUGGAGUAUAGGUGUUCUUGCAUAUGUCAUGCUGACAGGGAUCUCACCUUUCCUGGGAGAUGACAAGCAAGAAACUUUUCUGAACAUUUCUCAGAUAAAUCUCAGUUUUACAGAUGAAGAUUUUGAGCACGUCUCCAAAGAAGCCAUUGACUUCAUUAAGUCGCUUCUUGUUAAGGAGCCUGAAGAACGAGCUUUAGCUGAGGAAUGUCUUGAACACCCAUGGUUGGCACAUGAAUGUGAUGAAACUGGAUUUGUCACUGAAAACUCGGUUGGCACUCUUGAGUCCACAGUUUCAGAAGAAUCAGAAAGGCAAAGUCAAGAAACUGAGGAGCUCAUUGUCAUGGCGUCAUACACACUGGGACAGUGUAGACAGUCUGAGAAGGAAAACCUAAAAACUGACCAGAAGGCCAUUUCCAAACGCUUCAAGUUUGAAGAGCCUUUCAAUACCUUACAGGAGAUUUCAGGAGAGUUUAUCUAUUGAGUUAUGGGAUGAAGCACUUCAUAUUUGACAGUACUUUUUAUUUUAAUAAUAGACUCUGUCACAGAAGACAUCUGUUUCCUCUACAGAUACUCGAGUAGAAACCAUUUAAUGUCUAAACACCAAAAACUAAUGUGCCUAUUUUAUGGAUUUAAUGUGUGAGAAAUGCUCAGACUAAAGCCAAGCAGAGAGCCGGAAGAGGUAGUAUAUAAUUGAAGUACAUUCCUCAGUAUGCAGCUCAGAGUUGAUGUUGGUUUCACAAAAGGUGGCUGGCUGUGUCUUAUAGGGGAAUUAUUGGUUCUAUUUGCACAGUGGGUGGUGAGCAAUUUGUGGGGGGUGGUGAUGAAAAGCUCUUUAGUUCUUAAUCGAUCCUUUAAGCCAUUGUACAAUUAGCAAUACAUUUUAAAUGUGCAGUACUUGUGAAUAACGCACUUGAUAUUUAGCUGGGAAUCUAAAAAAAUACCUGUUUUUCCCCAUAAAUUGUUCACAAAUAAUGCAUGUUUGACUUUGUUAGACUGGAACUAUUCACAACAUUCCUUAAAUUUUUUAUGUAUAUAUGAAUUGCACAACUCUGGUUGAUUUUCUUGAUGACUUUUGUCGUACUUGAUUUGUGCUACUAUUUUUUUUGAAUAAUAUUGUAUUUGUAUAUGUAUUUUUGUCCAUAUAAUUAUUUUUGUGAUAUUUCUCAAGAUUUCAGUGAUAGAUGUAGUUGUUUGUGCCUUACAGAUUAGAAAUUAAUAGAAUACUCAUUAUGCAAAGGACUGCAAAAUUAGUUUGGUUAAAUGUACAGCAACUUGAUUAAUAUUGGUAACCUGGAUAACUUCUUGGAACAGUGAACAAUUUUGUUGGCUUUCUGACUAGUGAGAGCUUUUACAAAAUGGUUUUUCUAAUUAUACUCAUUAACUU